AUGGAGUGGGAGCGACAGCGACAGAAAGGAGCCCUCGCCAAUGCUGCCAUCGAGAAGGACAAGCAACUCAUUGCCAAGGACCUGGAGAUCGCCAAGCUCCGCGAGCAGGUCCUGGCUGCGAAGGCCCCCACCUCAGGACUUGAAGCUGAGCGUGCUGCAAUCAAGUCUCGCAUCAUCGGGAGCAAGCCGCACUCGGCCCAGAUGCACCAUUUCACCACGCGCAUUGAUGAGCUGGCAAAGAGCAGUUUCCAGCAAGAGAAGGCCCUGGCUACCCUGGAGGCUCAGAAGGUCGAGCUGGAGCCCAAGAUCGAGAGUGUCCAGAAGUCCAUCAAGGGCCUCACCACGGACAUUGCCGAACUCGAGCACCAAAGGUUCCAGGUCUCGGUCCAGCUACCGACGCCACUUCCUGAAGCAUACACGCUCAAGACCAUGGUGCCCGCGCUCGAUCUGCCAGUCGACAAAUUGGGAAAGCUCUUCGAGUCAGCAGGUGCCGACACGAACUUGCUAAACCAGGCCACGGCGUGCUUCGAG